CCUACUGUUCAUUCAUUACAACCUACUAAGUCAGGACAAAAAAAAAGUAUGGACGCCAUGGACGCCAUAGAUAACAAGGAACAGGAAGUGAAAAUGGUUGAUGACUCCGAGUUUACUACUAGCGAGCAUUCCGUGCCAACAGUUGGAGUAGAGACUGAGUCUGCCGCUCUGACUCCUUCGGAAAGUGUAGAAAGCAGUACGCCGACAGCCAGCCAUGUUGUAGAAGGCGAAGACACCUCCCCUUCUACAACCCACCAAACAGAUACUUCCUCACAUCAGCAGCAGUACUUGAUCCCACCUAAGUCCUUCACCCCGCAAUCCGCUCCGCCAAUGAAGAGGAGACCACGUAGAACUGGACAACCUCUUCAUUUGUUGCUUCAGGACUGCAGUAAGCAGCACAUCUUGGGAUGCCUUUGUAAAAAGACAUCCGAGGAGAUCAAGGCGAUUGUGAGCGAUAAAAAGGCCCUUGCUACCGAACUUCGUAACUAUUCAAAUGAAUUCGUGCUGACAUCUGCUCGCGACCGUGUUAUUGAUGAAGUUGAUGAUGAAGGGAAGGAAUUACUCAAAGACAUCGACCCUGAAAAAGAUGUGAUCAAACAACGUUUCGAGGACGAAACCUCUGUCUUUAAGAGCUAUGACGAUGCUGUUCAUGAUAUCCGUGUAGACCUAUAUUUCGAAGGAAUUAAGCCACGAAAACAUGAAUCUCAGGAGAGCGCCGUAGAGGCGUCUGCCAGGAAUAAAGAACUUAACACUGUUAUUGAAAUAUGGGAUAUUUACCAUAAACGCAUUGAGAUAGAACCAAAAAGAAGUGGGAGGGCCACACAGAGCCCAUAUCCGGGUCGAGGUAUAAGACCUUCAGGGCCACCUGGAACUCGACCUCACCCAUACGCACCAUAUCGCUCCCCAUCAGCAGGGCCGGGACCGGCACCACCCCAUUAUAAUGCACCGCUGUAUGCAGGGCCUCCUGCUAUGAGCGGGCCAAAUUUCAGGGAAUCUAGGGGUCACCAUCGCGGAUAUGACAGGCCGCCAUAUCGGGAAGAUUAUUAUCCGGAUAGGCGUGAGGAUUAUCGUAGACCUGAUUAUGAUCGUCGCGACCCUCGGGAUCAUCAUUUGGGGACGAGGCCACUUCCUCCAGGAACUGGACCUAUGGGUCGUCCUGAUCCAAGAGAUAUGCGUGACAUGCGGGAUCCUCGCGAUUUUAGAGAUAGACCUCCACCUCUAGCGGCUAGAAAUGAUGGAUUUUUUGGACUUCCAGGAGGAAGUCGGUAUGAUGAUAGGAGACGCGAUCGUCUCGAAAAUAGCCAUGUCCCUCCGCUCCGUGGACACUCAGGUCCCAAUGGGACUUCGCCUCUCAACCCACAUCCCUCACUGCCCCCUAAACCUCAUGGUACGAACUUUGACAGUAUUCCUCCCCCACAUGCACAGCAGCAUCAUGCUUCUGGUUCGAUAUAUCCCCAAUCUUACCCACCUACCCCACACCAACCUCCUCAUAUGGACCCUCAGGGCUAUUAUGCAGCCUAUGGACAACCCAUGGAUUAUUCUAUGCCUGGACAGGCGGACUAUACAGGAUACGGCUACACGGAUGCGCAAGGAUAUACAUAUCCUCCUGCCGCUACUGCUGGUAGUAAUUGGGACAUGAAUGCGGGUUCUACUGGCGCUUCAACUACAGGACUUAAUCUUGUGCCAUUUAAUUCUAGCCAACCUGGACGUCAUAAAGCUGUGCCAUUACCCACAGAUUUUAUGUCAGGACCCAGUGAUGCACCCCGUCUCUCAAUGCCAGAGCCACAUGAGGUACUGGGCAGGAUCAGUGGCGUCAUUAUUAGGGAUGCUCAGGGCAACAUUGGCCUUUGCCAGUAUCAGUUUACUCAGUCAGCAUGAUUGCGUGAUUUGCUAUUUUCCACACACAUUCAUAUGCAUGGACAUAUACAUCUAUAUACAUAUAUAUAAAUACAUCACACGCACCAUAUUCAAUUCACACAUUUAUGACAUACGCGUAUGGAUCAUCCAGCUUGGUAAGGCAUGGGAAGCCAUCAUACCAUCAUAGAGGACGCAUAAAAAAGCAUAAGGACGAGGAUAUAACACAUAGGGACAUAUUACAAGAGGGAGGGAAAAAACAGGAACCG